AAAUUUUAUUAUAAAUGCUUCUUUUCGAAAAUGGUCAAUUGUGUUUUGCUAUUUCAAAUGUCGUUUGUAUCAUAGCUGUCGAGUAGAUCUAAAGAUCCUAAUAUAAAAGUGGCAAACCUGUUUGUAUUAUCAAUAAUCAGCUGAUAUGGAAGGUCGAUUACACUUGAUUGAGAAACAAUAAUAAACAAUACGCAAAAGCUUCGACAAUAACGUCCACAUAAUCGAAUUGAAUUCAUAAACGAAUUUUUUAAAUCUAUUCAUGAUAAUUACAGAAUUUUAGAGCGAUAACAGAUAUGGAGCAAGUAAGAAAAAAGCCUUUGGGCAAGCGGAGGAAUAAAUUAAGAAAAACAGUAAACAGCCAUGAGGUAGUUCACAGUCAAGCAGAACAAAUAAGUGAAAACCCUAUUUUGUCAAAUGAAGGAUCUGAAACCAUGACCAAUUUUCACACUAAUGAUUCAAAAGAUGAAGACAAUUCAGAAAUGAAAAACAACUUCUCCCAAAAUACUAUUGUCAAAUCUGAGAUAGAACACCUCAAUUUUAAACUUUCUUCUACUACAAUUAAUGCUGAUGAUAUUAAAGACAGAAGUGACAAUGUUGAAAAUAAAAGUGAAAUACAGUCUGCUGUUUACAGUGCAAUAAGACCUUAUGCAGAAACGCAACUGGCAGCUUUUUAUUCAAAUAAUGAACUAAGUAUGAUUGAGAAUUUCUCACAACAAUUCAUUGAAGCUGAAUUACAAGGUUUGGCAAUAAAAUCACACUCUUUAUAUGAGAUGCUUUGUAAUUAUCUCGAUAUAAGACUAAAACUUAUUGAAACCAAUAAAGAGAUCAACCAGCUGAAGGCAGAAUAUGUAGAAUUAAAGACAAAACUAUGGAUUUCAAGUUCUGAAAAUAUUUCUAGUAAAGGAAAAUGUCAACAUGGAGACAUAGUCAGUGUUUCACAUUCAUAUUUGAAGUAUAGUUUGAAUAAGUCUGCUUGGCAGAGUAUGCAGAGGAUAUUAGCUAAUAUACAGAAAAGUAUUCUAAAAAAUCUAUCAUUGUAUCAUUUUUCAGCAGGAAAACUUAAAUAUCAGAUUGAAAUAUAUUUACAAACAAUAAUUGCACAUUGUUUGAAUGUCACCCAAUUAAAUAAAGACAAAGAAAUUAUAUUGAACCUACAGAAAGAACCUGAACAUUGGAAACCCUAUUUGAAUGAUUUGAGGCUAUGUGUAUCUGUUUUAUUUGCAUUUCAAAGGAAACUUAUAAAAGAUGAUCAGUUUAUAGAUGAAACUAGAGCAUGGUUGAAACGUCUCAUUGCUGUUCUAUUAAGAGUUGCGAAUUAUCAAGACCAUCUGUUUUUAUUGAACCAUGUUUUAAGAUGUCCAGCAGGAGUGGGUCUUUGGGCUUCUAGUUUUGUGCAAACACCUCUUUUACAAGAAUUUGAAAAUCCAUUUAUGAGUUAUGAAAUUAACCAUGUUUUGGCAGUUUUAUCUAUAAUUCUAUCACCUGUAAAAGACAGAGAUAAAUUUUUAGGAGAGGUUGCCCAACAGAACAAUGAAGCUCAAGAUGCUUUAUGGGUAGUUAUAGAUUCUGAUGGAGAAGAAGAUGAAGAAACCUCUGGAACUUCUUUGAGGGAAAAUGAUUUAGUGGCUCUCUUAAAUCAGUUACCACUAGGAUCAUUAUUUAGAGCGUUAUCAUUAUUGAAACAGAGACAUAAUUUGGAUCACUAUGCAGAUCAACUAACAGAACAACACAUUCUUCGAUUUUUUGCAUUUUCCACCUUACUCCUAAGAAUAAUCAACAAAGGCCUUCAUACAUACAAUCAACCAAGAUAUAAUCAAUUUGCAAAGAGACUCAGUCGUUUAAUUCUUCAUUUAGUACAAUAUGCCACAGAUCUAUGGGAAAGAUUUUGUUCGACGCAAACCAUUGACGAUUCCGCAAUGAUGCAAAGGUUACAAGUAGAAUAUGACGCUUUUUUCUUUAGGGCUGUGUACUGUUUAUACUCUUCACAGAAAUUAGGUGCAUGGCAGUUUCUUGCAGUUGUACCUUACAACUUAGUUUCAUCAGUAACUUUGUGGAAAAUUUUCUUUCUACUUCAUGGUUUUAAUGUUGAAGAGCAGGAAUUGUUUUCAUCCACAAAUUUGAGAGAUUUUAGAGCUCGUUUUGACAAGGAAGAAUUCAAAGAUCAAUUUCUGGAUAAACUCAUUACUUUACCUGAUGGCGAAAUUUACUAUUUGCUGAAUACUUUUGCAAAUAUUGCAUUGGCAAGAACUGAAGAAGAAUUAAUAAUUGCUGCUACAAUGGACUUACUUCUAAUUGGCUUCAUCAAUGAAAUAACUCAAGAUGUAUGUUCAAAAACAUCUAGAAUUUUAUUGACACAUAUCACAUCAAAACAUCCUCAUCUACUCUCAAGAAUAUUGAAACAAGUUAUGGAAAACAUCAAUUAUAUACAGGAUCUAUCACUAUAUUUAUAUGAGGAACUACCUUUAGCAAUUUGGAAAGUAAAUAACAAUGAUAUUGACUUACUGUCGAGACUCAUUAGGACUGAGUCUGAGUCUCAAAUUGAAACUAAAUUAGCAAGAAUGAUAAUAUCUCGAUUAAACUGGGAUAUAAAUGGAGAUGGUAGUUUAUUUUUGCCUUAUAAAAUUCACUGUGAUAUAGCGAUGCUAGUUUUGCAAGCUGUUGAUGAAACACCUGCUUUUACUAAUUGGGGCUGGCAAACAAUUUUAAGGUUAAAAUUACAUAUUAGUGAUAAUGGACUGAAAGAUAUCAAAAUGGUUGCGGAUAUUGACAACUAUGAUAUUCUUCUUAAAGGUAUAAGAGAGAGAAAACCUCUGCAUGCAUUUGUAGCUCUACUAAUGACUUCUUGGGGUCACCUGAUUCCAAUCAUAUGUACCAAUGGCUUUGCCCAACUACUUUUUCUCGAAUCUCAACAAAAAUAUGAAGCAGUUCUAUUUGCCCUCUACUUGAUAAUGCCCCUUUUUUUGAAUGCGCAAGAAUGUAUUGUGAACUCCCUUGAAUUUCAAGAGAUAUUAUCUAAUCUACUUUAUGUCGAUCAGAGCUAUAUAUCAAUGGCUAAAUCAUUCAUUGGUGCACAGAAUACAGUAUUGCAACAAUUCGGAAAUAUGAUAGAAACUCAAAUGAAUAAUUACCAUAAUUAUAACUUGGACAGUCCUAGAAUAUUGGUUAGAUUAUGGAUGAAUUCAUUGGUUUCUGUGGAGCAAUGGACUAGAAACUAUGGGGUAUUAUAUUUGUUAGACGUGAUAAUUAAAGCGUCUUUCUUUCAAAAAGAUGCCAUAGAAGCUGCCACAAAUGUUUUGAAAGAACUUUUGCAGGAUACAACACCCCAAGAACAAGGAGGAACAAUAAGCUCUAUUUUUAAAUGGGUGUCUGCUUCGAAUCAGAAUGUUUCAUUAAUAUCAAGUUCUUUAUCACCAUUUCCUUGGUUGGCUUAUAUAAUGAUAGGAAUAGAGCAUGAGGAACGAGAAAAAAAAACUGGACUUUGGAAGGAAUUACUUCAGCAACUUUAUUCUCAGAAAGGAAAAGUAAAUGUGGAUUCAGCUAUAAAAAAAGCUGCUGGAGUACUUAAAAUUAAUUCAGUAUCUUCGGCUUCUUUGUGCAUAUACAGGUAUGCUCAACUGGCCAUGGAUACAACUAUUGAUCAUCCCAUAGGUGUACUAAUUUGGCAGAAAUUUUUUGAGUUAUAUUUUGACGCAAUAUCAACUCCCGGGUCUUUUGAUAGAAGAAGUAUUGGAGACAAAUUUUUUGAAGGAGUCAUAAAUUUUGCUUUCCUCAAAAAAUUAAAAUAUCGCCUGCAAGAAACCAAACAAUAUUAUCAAAAUAAAAUUUAUGAAUUGGAAGAAGCAGAAGAUAAUUGGACUCUCCCAUUAAUGCAAUCUGGUUCUAAAUUAUACAGUGCUUUUGCACUAUGGCUGGAAGAACCAAGAUUGCAUAAAGCUAAUACAUUUCUUCGCAGUUUUCCAUUUUUAUAUGAAACAGAUCUCCUACAGGUUUUAUUUGAAGGUGAUAAGACACCCUGGUAUUCUUAUGUUGCCUACAAUAGAGUUAAAGCUGAACAACAAGAAUCUAUCAGGAUAUGGAGAAUAUCCAACUUCAGAGAACAUACAAAUGUUAACAAACCCCUUCUAAACCCUGAAGGACGUUCUCAAAGUAAUGACCCUAUCGAGAGAAUGUUGAGCAGAAUUGAAUCAUAUGAGCAUCCAAAACCAGCUCCUACAAUUGAAAUUGAAGAAUCUGUAGUUCCUAUAGUGGAUACUAGUUCAGUGAGAAAGAUGUUCCACAUGUUGGAAAAACACUUUACAAUUUUGAAAUUUUUUGCUAAGGACCACUCCAUAUGUGUAAAUACAUAUGAAUCGCUCAACAGAUCUUAUCAAGAAUUAAUACCAAUGCUUUAUAAAUUGGUACACGUGGUAACAAAGAAGGUGGCUAAAUGUAAUUGUAAAGAAACAAAACAAAGAGGAAGUUGUGCAGAAGUAAUCAUCAAUAUUUUAUAUGAUGAAAGUAGGUUAGAUGAAAGGACAAACCAUCUCAUCCAAUCGAACCGACAUGAAUAUGAAUUUAUUUUUGAUUUACAUUCUACACCUGCACCAGAUAUUCGUAACACGGCAAUUGCUAUUGAACAUACUAUCAAGAUUCUUCAACAUCAAGUCCAAUGUGAUCCCUCAACAAGAAUUUUAGGAGUUGAAUUAUUUUAUAGCAUCUUGAAAUUGAUUAAUGAAAAAACCAUGAAUUAUUUACCAACCAAAACUUUAUUCGUUGAUUGGUUAGAAAAAUUGGGACAAUCACAUCUUUGUGGAGUAGAAUCCGAAAUUUCAAGACUUUUGGAUACAAUUCUGGAGGAACCAAACUUAGGAGAAUUUUUAGCUCCUCAUUUUGCUCCAGGGAACACUGGUACAGCCAAUUUAUUAUUAAUGUAUGAAAAAAUAUCAAAUGAAAUUGGGCAAAAAUAUGAAAUAUCAUUUGCCCUGUUAUCCAAGUUUGAUAUAGAUAAAUGGCUGCAAAACAAAAAACCUAAGUUAAAUGAGCGUUCUCAAUUCAUAGAAUUAGUUGUGAAAGGACUCUCAACCUUGGGAACUGAUCCACCAGUUGAAGCAUUAACUCUCCAUGGAUUGUACAGAAAACAUUUACUCUCUGUAUUUCAAUUUCAAUUUCCAGAACAUUAUGGUGAAAUAUUAGUAAAUCUUUUACGAACCUGUUGUGAAACAUCUAACUCCUGCCCGGUUGCUAUUUCUGUGUGGUUAGAUAUACUCAACUCACUGUCGUUUCCAACACAAAUACAUCCAAGGAAUGCUUUAAGAGAUCAGUUGAGGGCUUAUGCCCAAAAUCAACAAAAACUGAACUAUCGAGAAAUUUUGGAAACUUCAGAACUAUUAUCAGGACAUUUCACUCAAGAAAGGUUGCAGUAUGGCCUUUACGGUUUAUAUCCCAAAUGUGAACAAUAUUUGGAUAUUUAUUGCUUACUUUUGGGUAUGUCUGGCCACUCUUUGAUAAUAAGCUCGCUAAAUGUGCAUCAGGGAUUAGAAUCGGAUAAAAUGUGUGAAAAAAUAUGGCCGCAUAUAAGAGAUAUGUUUGCACCUUGGAUAGCACCAUACUCAAUGCAGAACCUGAAAGAUUAUAUGGCUUCUUGGAUACAGCAAUUGACUGAUGACAGAUCAGUACUUCUACCUUGGAUCCCUUCUAAUGUUAAUUCGGCGCAGAAAAUGUUAGAUUGUUUCAAGGAGUGUAUAUUAUUCUUACUACAUAUUCUUCCAGCUUGUUCUAUAAUUCUCAAUUAUAUUUGGCAAUGGUAUGUAACUACUUAUGCUCAUGGCUGUAUUAAAGAGCAUAUACUCAACAGUAUUCAUCAGACAUUGUUAGUGCUUCCGUGGGCUAAUUUUUGGCCAUCAUUAACCGAUUUGGAAGCAAUGUUGAGAAUAGUAGAUCAGUAUUUACCGGAAUGCCAUCAAUUUUUGGGACAAAUAUUCAUUUCAGUGCAAUGGAUGAACUGGAUGAAUCAAUUCAUUAACUGUCCAAUUCAGAUCAAGUCCAGAGUGUACCAUUGCUAUAUUAGCCUAUUGGUUAAACUCUCCAAUGAGCCAAACUUAAGAAGUCAGCAUGUUGAGAAAUUUAACAAUCUUCUCGUUCAAUCAGAAAAUUUAGAUUGGACCAUGUUAGACCCUGUUGCCUAUCAAAAUGUAAUGGAUUGGUACAUAAUGAGUUGUGAUUCUAAUGUUAUUUUCAAAAGUGAUCCCUUGGACCUAGAUGUUAGAGUAUUACAGUUCCUGAAGACUAUUUCUGGAUACGAUAAUGUGAUAGAAAAGUGUGAAAACCCAAAUAUUUCGAAUAGGAGAUACAUAUAUGUCAGGAGUUUUGUGAAACUAAUAUCAGUGUAUAAUAGUAAAAAUAAACUGACAGUACCUUCUAGAGAAAGUGAAAUUUCUUCUAUGAUAAACAAUAAUAUUAAACACAUGGAGUGUGUCGUCAAGUCCAAAGAAGAGUUGAAUAUCAUUUUACCAGAACUUCUCAAUAUGCUGAAUGUUAGUCCUUUAGGAGAUAUAAGUUUAAAAUGUUUCUCUCAUUGGAUUUCAAAAAAAUCAGGAAACAGUUUUGUUAUACAUUCUUUGUUACAUGUUUCUGUGAAGGCUGUGAAGAAUUAUGAAUUUAUAGCACAACUUUAUGAAUUAUGUUUAGAAUGCUACUUUCAGAAUGUCAAUGAACAUCACCAACCCUCUUGGACAGAACUGAGGCAGUAUGUUAAAAUAGUGGUUAACAAUCAAAUCGAACUGGAGCAAAUUUUACUUGCCAAAAAAAGUAUUCUCACAUUAAACCUAAUACUUCUAGAAAAGAUUAAUUGUUGCACCGACUACCAAGGAUUACUCAAUAUGUGUAUAGAUUGGUUACCAAAAAUUAAAAUGGGUGAUUCAGUGGAAAAUAAAAUACCACUGAUAUGGCUUGGAAUAUUGAAUAUUGCACUCAAAUAUUGUGAAGUGGAUGAAUCAGCUGCAGGCGGAUGUUUGUAUAAAUUUUCUCAAAUAUUGUUGCAAAUAGCGGAAGAUAAAGGAAAUUCCAGUUGGGGUAGAGGCAUCUUAAGUGUGAUUGGAAUCAGUAAAGCAGAUUCUGUAUCUUUACCGUUUAAAUUUCUUUGCCGGGCUUUAGGAGGUUAUAUUCUUGCUCAAUUGCCUGAAAUGAAAGGCAAACCUCAAAUAGUUAGAAGACAUUCGAAUGCCCCUGCUAAAGUGGGUCAACCAGGUGGGAAUACGGAGUGUGCAAAGAUUCUUUUAAAAUUAGACUUUGGCCAAUCUCAAGGAAAAUUGAAGGAAUAUGCAGAGUUGGCAUUAAAUGAGAUUCAAGAUCCGACGAACUCGUUACAUAAUGUGGCAGAUUUUCUUACUCUAAUGACUAACGAGUUUUCUGAUAAAUUAUAUUUUAAAGAUCUAAGCAGGAAUUGAAAUGAUACUAUGUUUUAUAUUUACAUAUAUAAAUCACCAAAGUUAGAUAUGUAAUAAAUUUUUAACUCAUUUC